UUAAGUUUCCAAAUUAAAUUAUAAGUUAUAUUCAUCACAAUGCUCAACUUCAUUAUUCAAUCAUACUAGAAAAAACCAUGGAGCACCAAAAGGUAUGCAUAGCCAUGGUUCCUUGUCCAGGAUUAAGCCAUUUAAUCCCACUUGUAGAAUUUGCAAAACUACUUAUUCUUCAUCACAAAAAUUUCCAUGUCAAAUUCCUCAUUCCAACACUAGGUCCCCCAACACUUUCAACCAAAUCAAUCUUAAACUCUCUUCCACCAAACAUUGAUUUCAUGUUCCUUCCUCAAAUCAACAUCCAUGACCUUCCUCCUAACAUUCACAUGUCAACACAAAUGAAACUCACAGUUAAACACUCCCUACCCUCUUUGUACCAAGCUAUUAACACAAUUUUAACUUCUUCACAAUUAGAAAACAACAACCUUGUUGCUUUGGUUUUUGAUGUUUUCUCAAGUGAUGUUAUUGAUAUAGCUAAAAAGUUCAACCUUUUGUCUUAUUUCUUUGCUACUUCAUCAGCUAUAGGAAUUCAGUUUUGUCUUGGUCUUCCAAAACUUGAUGAAACUCUUUCAUCUGAGUUUAUAGACACAACAAAAACUUUUGACAUUCCAAAUUCUAAGGUUUCUUUUAAGGUAAAAGAUUUUCCUGACCCUGUUCUUUUUGGAAGAUCUAGUGAAACAUACAAAGCAUUUCUUCUUUUGUGUCAAAGAUUCUCUUUGGUAGAUGGUAUCAUCAUCAAUAGCUUCAAAGAUUUGGAACUAGAUGCAAUAAGAUCUAUGGAGGAUUUUCUCAAUGUUUACCCUGUGGGACCCAUCAUUCAAAAAGAGUCAAAGAGUAAGGAAAAUGAGUCAAAGUGUAUUACAUGGUUGAACAAGAACCCUAAAAAAUCUGUUUUGUUCAUUUCUUUUGGGAGUGGUGGAACACUCACUAAUGAACAAAUCAAUGAAAUAGCUUUUGGGUUAGAAUUAAGUGGUUGCAAUUUUUUGUGGGUUUUAAGAGUUCCAAGUAAGCAAUCCAAUUCUGCUUAUUUUAGUGAAUCAUCACCAAAAGGUAAUCAUGAUUUUGAUGAUGACCCAUUAAAAUAUUUGCCAUUGGGUUUUUUGGAAAGGACUAAAGAUCAAGGCUUGAUAAUUCCUUCAUGGGCCCCACAAGUUGAAAUUCUGAGUCAUGGUUCGAUAGGUGGUUUUUUGACUCAUUGUGGUUGGGGUUCAUCUUUAGAGGGUUUGGUUUUUGGUGUGCCUAUGAUUUGUUGGCCAUUGUUUGCUGAGCAAAGAAUGAAUGCAGCAACUCUUACAGAUGUUUUUAAAGUGGCAGUGAGACCAAAAAUUGAUGAGGAAGAUGGGAUUAUAAAAGGAGAGGAAGUUGCUAGAGUUAUAAUGAUUAUAAUGGACCAAUGUUCAAGGGAUGGUGAAGGCUUGCAAUUAAGGAGAAGAAUUGAAGAUUUGAGAGUUGGAGCUGCUACUGCUGUGAGUGAAAAUGGUUCCUCUAGAAGGGCAUUAUCUAAUUUAGUGCUCAAAUGGGAAGAAAGAGUGAUAACUCAAAAAUUGAAAUGUUUUCCACACAUGAAUUAGUUUAUUAUGUAUUUUUGCAUGUAAUUUAUAUUACUAAUAAUUGAUUAUUCAUCAAUGUUUCAUACUUUCUUCAACACAAAUAUAAUAUUAAUGUUUGAUACUUUGAA